UAUGGGCUCAGGCGCGUCGUUGCCACAGGAGGAGCAGACCAAGCCGCUACAAUACAUCAACGCGAGCGGUCGGUCGCCGGCGCACAUCCCGCGCGGCUCGACCGUCGAGGGCUUCCUGCGCUCCCAGGCCAAGCUCCGCGAGCCGCGACUAGGCUUCAAAACCUUCCUCCUCUGCGCCCAGCGCCAGCUCGCGUUGCGCGGGCGCGUCGAGGACCUCGGCGACCUCUACCAGAUCGUCUGGUCGUUCUUGAAACCGCUCGUCGGCGCGGCGCUCCUGCCGCCGCGGGGGCGGCGCUCCAUCUGCGGCGACCGCAACGACGGCCGCUACGGCCUCGGCCGCGGGGCCUGAGCGCCGAGCCCCGAGCCGCCGCUCCGUCGACGAGACAGGAUCAACCGCCGCGAUGGCAUCGGCGGAACCCGAGCGCCGGGCGCCGAGCCGCUUCUCCGUCGACGAGACGGCGAUUGGACUCGUCCUGCCCUGGGCCGCCGGCGAAGCGGACCUCCUCGCCGUCGAGGCCGCGAACGGGACCUGGCGCGACGUCGCCCGCGGCGCGCGGCGGCGGCUCGACCUGCGCGCGGCGCGCGGCGCGCGCGGCGCGCUCGACGCGCUCGCGCGCUACGGCGCGACGCUGACGGACGUGGACCUGUCGGGCCGCGACUUCGU